AUGGGAGAUCCAAUGAAAGAAAAUGUCAAGGUUCAGGAUAUCAAAUCUCAUCGUAACGAUUCAAGCUUACGGACAGACCCUCAUCCAGAUUAUGAAGAUCUGAGAAUUGCAGUUGGUAAUGGUACAGCUAAAGGGACAUAUUCUAUUGCCAUAGGAGAAGACACUGUAGAAGAAAAUAGAGAAAGUGUGAGCUUGCUAGAUGAUUUCACAUAUGAUCCCUCAAGUGAUGCAUUUAUUCCAUCAAGUACCCAAGAUCCUUUUCCACCAUCUCUCGAGAACUCUUUCAUGCCAACCUCAACUCAACAACAAUACUCGAAGCCCCAAGAAAACGAGCUAAAACUGAUUCUCAAACCUCAUUUAAUCCUAAAGAUACCCAAGACCUUGUAG